CGACGAGCGUAGUUCCUGGGCUACUUUUUUUUUUUUUGGCAUUCUUCAGCUUUCAGUCGAUCUCCGGCAAAACCGGCCGACAUCUGGAGUGCGCUGCCCUGUGUUGGGAAAGCAGUUCGUGUGCCAACGGUUUACCCUCCCAGAGAAACCAGCGGUGUGUGUCUGUCAUCAGCUUCCGCUGUGUGUUUGUGGCUCUGGUAACACUGAACAGGAAGACAGACGGAGAGAGACGUCUGAACUGAGAGAGGAAACUGCUGCGGCUUCUUCGUUGGCCUCAGAAUGACUGAGUUCUGGGUUUGUUUCAGCUGCUGCAUUGCAGAGCAGCCUCAGCCUAAACGGCGGCGACGGAUCGAUCGCUCCAUGAUCGGGGAGCCAACAAACUUUGUUCACACCACACAUGUAGGCUCAGGGGACAUGGGUCUGGGACUGGCAUCAGUGGACCUCGUUCAGGCCCAGAUGAAAUCCAAAGGGGGCUACGCGCACGGAGGGUCUGAAGGCUCUCAGUUGUAACAAGCCCUUCAGUCUUGUGGAAACUACUGUUGUUGAUAUGAGGAAGCAUUUUCAAAAAAGCAGUUCUGUCCAAAAUGGACACAGGACCAAAAGAUGAAAACUACUGCUUUUCCAUAAUGUUGUAUAUAUUUUUAUUUUCCAUUCCCUUUUUUUUUAUGAAAGCACUGCUAUCCAUUUGCUGCCAUACUGUUGCACUGUAAAGAGUAACUGUUAAGAGUAGAGAAAGAGGGUUUAGGAAGCUCAUAAUCUCAGUCAGACGUAUGCUUGUGUGUAUGCAUGAGGAAAAUAUUUUCAGAAAUAUUUGCUGUCGUAGCCCAUUUGGAUGCCUGUAUUUAUUAUCUGAUUUGUAAACGGACCUCACGGUGGCUGGGCCACGCUGGAGAUUUGGAACAUUAUGUUUCCUUCUUUUAUUCUCAGAGGUUUAUCAAAGGACAGGUAGAAGAAGCAAGGCAAAAAAAAGCAAAAUGUUCAUUGUUUUAUUCUGAGAAAUACUCAUAGUUCUCUGAGUUGCUUUCAGGGUUGAAGAUUGCUGUUGUAAUAAACUUGAAAUGAGUAGAGUACACUGGACCAUACAUUGUACACUCACACUUGCUUAGGAAUUUCGCAUUGAUUUCGACUGUUUGUUUUGGUUUUUUUUAUAUUCAUUUAGAUUGAACCAUAUAGAAUUUUAAUAAACUAUGAACCUCCUAAUCUGCCUUUCGACGUCAUGUUCGUUAUUUUUCUUCAUAGUGUGAUUUUUAGCAGGUGCCACUGCAAAUGCUAAGCUUGGUAGUUUCAAGAAGAUUCAUAUUUUUAUAUGAUUUUUUUUUUCUCUCUUUUUUUAAAUCCAGUAAACCAGCUAGAGACCAAGAAAUAAAAUUGGAAGCAACCAAAUCAACACUGCAAAUAAAUGUGGGUCAGGUUGAGUUGGGGGGGGGGGUUAUCUUCACAGUUAGAUCCAACUUAACACUGUAGUAUGUUUUUUGUGUUACAUAAUGAGUCAUGAGUUUUUAUGGCUAUUUCUCAACAUAAAAUCAUUUGCAGGGUUCGUUUUUUUUGGGGGGGGGGGGGUAAUACACUUACAGUUUAAGCAGAGAUGAUUUGGUUCUUGUCCCUGUCGGGCCUCUUAAAGCUGAAAAAAUGCUACUAAAUAGAAUUCAAACUAAUCUGACCCACCUUUUUUUGUAGCAGUGUUAAUAUGAUCAAUAUAUAUAUUAUCAAAAACAAACACAAUGGACAUUAAACCCAGCUAUUCCUCAUUUUCCUGUUUUUGUUUAAAAGUUUAUCCACCUCACAGCAGAUUUUAUAUUUUAUAUCCAUGUUUCCUCUCUUAGGGAAAAAGCAAAUAAAUGCAGUUCUUUCUUAUUGCCUGUUUAUGUUGUUAUCAGUCUCGUCAGACUCGAGCUCAUGUUAUCCUUGUUAUUGACUGGUGCUGAAAUUACAACAGAAACCUUGACUGGCUGGGUCAUUUUCGUCCCUCAGUAUUGUCAUACGUUGUCCAAAUUUCUCAACCAGGCUCCAUGGAAGAAGGCCUUAAACAAAUCUUUGCAGGCAGCGACAGAGCAGCAGCAGUAUGAAUGUUACAUAUACUGUAUGACCUCACUUACUUGAGGGGUAAUCUGUGUUGACCAUGUACACGCUGCUCAUCACCACUAACAGUGAUUACUGAUGAAGCAGGCCUGGUUCUGUUAAUGCAUGUGAUUGUGUGUCCUCCAUGUACAUCCCGUGGUUGAGUACAUCUACAACAGAAUGUGUUUGUAUAACAAAGUCAACAAAAAAAAAAAAGUAUGUAGAUUGGUGUUAAGAGCUAUUUACGUAACCUACCUGAUAGAGAAUACCUAAUGGAUAUGUGAUAUCUGACCAUUUGUAAACAGGUAACAGAGGAGAGAGAUUUAAUCAGAUCUUUUAAAACUGAAAAACGUACCCAUUGGGACAAAUGUGCAGGCGUUAAGGUUUGAUUCAGCAGACGGGAGAUUUACACCCUCUUUGUGGUGACAGGUACUUCCUGUAAUGCUGUAUAAGAGGAAAAUUGACCAGCAUUGCAUUGAUUGUGUUGUCACUCCUCCAGCAUCACACAAGGUGACCCUCGAAACUUUCAAACCUUCACUGACAGAUUUGAUCAUUCAUCAGGCUACAUUCUUGUAACUCAUUUAUUCCUGUUCAAAAUGUUUUUUGUAGUAAUUUCUGUGUGAAAAGUGAUCCUCCAUAUGAUUGUUUUUUCUCCCUCUGGGGCUAAAUGCUGUAAUGUCAAGACCUACUGGGGUUGCAGUAUAUUAUGUGACCAGCAGGCCGUGCUAGUGGAGUGAUUGAAUGUGAUAAAAAAAAAAAAAAUGUUUCCUUAUCACUAGAUUCUGUGAUAGGACUUACUGUAUGAUGGUGUAAAUACAUAACAAAAAAAAGUAAUGGAUCCAUGGUUUAUAUGUCUUCAGGUUCAUACAUAUUUUUGGUUAUUUUUUGUAUAACAUUGUUUGAAAAGGCAGAGUUGGAGCAGUGGUUGUUGUUGUUGUUUUUUGUUUUUUGUCAUUUUGUUUCUGAGAAUCUGCCUGACAUGUAGUUCCCACUUUUGGGGAAAUUCAUCUGUCUUUUAUCUGCAUUUUUUCAGAAUAAGCAAUGAAAAAUAAAUGUCAUCUGUUGAUGUUUGA